AUGCGAGAAGCAUUGGAAGCAUUCCAAGAUGAGAUGUUCUGGACGAUCAUCGUUGGAUUCUUCAUUGCUUCAAUCCUUGCGUUUGCGAUUGGUGCCAAUGAUACAGCAAAUUCUUUCGGCACGAGCGUUGGAAGCAAGGUACUCACACUCCAGCAAGCUUAUUUACUAGCUUCCAUUUUCGAAACCCUUGGAGCGACUCUUUUGGGAUACCAAGUUACGGAUACAAUGCGAAAAGGCGUCAUUGAUUUGGCUGUUUACAAUGGUAGCGAAAAUGAGCUAAUGCUUGGCCAAAUUUCCGUACUGUCAGGAUGCGGUGCAUGGCUACUUAUAGCGACAUUUUUGAAGCUACCAGUGUCAACGACCCAUAGUAUUGUUGGAGCGACUCUUGGAUAUUCUUUGCUAGCCCGUAGUACGCAGGGAAUACGCUGGUGGCCAGUCAUCCGCAUAUUUAUAUCAUGGUUUCUGUCACCAUUGCUUUCGGGCAUCGUUUCAAUCCUUUUUUAUUCUUUCAUCGACCAUGCUGUACUGCGACGUCGACGUCCUUUGCACUGCGGCCUAAUUCUUUUGCCUCCUUUGUAUUUCUUCUGCGUAGCUGUCAACAUCUUUGCCGUUAUGUACAACGGUUCUGAAUUUUUGGGCUUUGAUAAGAUGCCGACAUGGAUUAUUCUGGUGAUAACAUUUAGUGUAGCAACAGUUGUUGCAUUGCUUGUGCAUUUCAUUAUGGCGCCUCAGUUGAAAAAACGCAUUUUAGAUUAUAUAACGAGUAAAAUGGAUGCAUACAAAAAUGUUUUAGAAUUAAAAACACCUGCAUUAAGUACAGCGACGCUUGAACGUGACGUUAUUGAAGCACAGAAUGUACGUUCCCUGUCGCACUGUGAAGACGGAAAAUACCUAACAUUGGGACCAACUAACAGCAGAGAACAGCAACUACCUGAAAUAUCUGUUGGUUUGCUGAACAAUAAUGGUAACACUACUAGUGGGACUAUGAUAGAAGAAGAAAGCAGGAUGGUAUCCAACAAUCUGCAAACAAGUAACACCGAUGGACAUCAUGGUUUGGGUACUAAUACGGUACGACCAACGAGAAGUAUCGAAACCUUCUUUCGUUCCUCUAAACCGGAAGAUCCGCAAGCAUCUCAGUUAUUCAGUUUCCUUCAGGUACUUACAGCUUGCUUCGCCGGUUUCGCGCAUGGUGGCAACGAUGUAAGCAACGCAAUUGCUCCGCUGGUAUCACUGUAUGCUAUUUACAAGGAGAAUUCGGUGAUGCAACGAUCCGCAACACCUGUCUGGCUUCUACUUUACGGUGCUGGUGGCAUGUGUGUUGGUCUUUGGAUAUUAGGACAUCGGGUUAUCUAUACGGUUGGUGAGAACCUCACCAAAAUUACGCCGCCAAGUGGUUUUGCGAUCGAAUUUGGUGCUGCUGUAACAGUAUUAGCUUCAAGCAAGUUUGGUCUUCCAGUAAGCUCCACUCAGUGCAAGGUCGGCAGUGUGGUAGCAGUAGGUGUGGUGCAGGCAGGCGGCUCUGUGAAAUGGUCUACUUUCCGGAACAUAUCAUUGUCCUGGCUUGUUACUUUACCUGUAACUGGUAUUCUCAGUGCAGUGGUAAUGCUGGUUGCGCGUUCGAUCGUUCUAUGA